CUGCAGAAGAAGAAACUUCCCUCUUUGACUUAACGGUGCAGCAUGUGUCAAAGUGACAUAAUGAGAAAAAGCCUUUAAAAGACUGUAGGAGCUGCACGUUAUCACUUCUGAAUCUGUGGAGUGGAUUGAUUUAUUAAGAAAGCAUCUACAUCGACGAUGGCGUGGACGGUGACUAUGAGUAACCUGGUGUUAGGGGUCUACGGAUUCACGCUGAUCACGGGCCUUCCCGCCAACGUCUUGGCUUUCUACACCUUCCUGCAGAAGAUCCGCCAGCGCUCCACCCCGAUAGACGUGCUGCUGCUCAGUCUAACCGUCUCCGACCUGAUCUUCCUCUUUUUCCUGCCCUUUCGCAUGGUGGAGGCGGCCAACAUGAAAUGGACGAUGCCUUACUUCCUCUGCCCGCUGUCGGGAUUCAUCUUCUACUCGGUCAUCGCCAACAGCAUGCUUCACCUGGCGGCCAUCAGCGUGGAGCGCUACCUGGGUGUGGCCUUCCCCAUUAAAUACAAGCUCAAGCGCAACCCCAGAAGCGCUAUGAUAGCCUGCGUCUUUUUCUCUGUGUUUUCAAUGGCGCACUGCAGCAUCGUCUUUGUCAUGCAAUACCAGAACUAUUUCAACCCCAACAUCACCGAUCCAUCCAAACGCAACACCUGCUACGCCGAAUUCACCCAAGAACAACUCAAGAUCCUCCUGCCGUUUCGGCUUGAGCUUUCCAUUGUCUUCUUCUGCAUCUCUUUCCUCAUCUGCUGCUUCUGCUACGUCCAGUGCAUCCGCAUACUUUCCCGACUAUCCACCGUCAACCCCAAGAAGCGGUACAGAGCCAUCGGGAUGGCGUUGGGCACGCUUCUAGUCUUCGUUAUCUGUUACAUGCCCUUCAACAUCUCGCACGUGGAGGGGUUCGUAAGAGGCAACAGCUCUAAUUGGAGAGAACCUGCUUUGCUCACCAGCACGUUGAAUGCAUGCCUCGACCCGUUCGUGUUCUACUUCUCUUCCUCCGCUCUCAGAAAGACUUUCAAGAAGGUGUUGCAGGGGCUGGCGAAUCGUUUUCUCCUUCCUUGCUGCCGCUCGGCUGUCUGCUGCCCUUUAUUAAACCGUGGGAAACCAGAGGAUCGAACCCAGAGCUCCGAUGACAGCAUCCUCUAAUUUUUAAAGCCUGUGUUUGCAUUGAAGAAUAAUCUGCCUGCAUAUGCGUCAUCAAUGCAAAUGAUUUAGUCUAAAGCCAUUUCUAAUGCACCGCCAUGACCCAGUGCUUUCUGGACAGACGCAAGAAGAGCAGCACAGAACUGGUUCCAGAUUAAAAAUCAAGCAUGAUUUCAUGAUCAUUUUACCUGACUGAGUGAACAAAUACCACUGCAUCUGAACCGUACAUCAAGCAUUUUGAACUAACACGCGGCAUUCGCUAUCAGCAACACAUGUAAUCAAAGCUAAACUGUCUUUGCUACUAAUAUUUCAAUAAAGGAAACUCAUACGAAUUAUA